AUGUGGAUCGUAGAUGGGGGCCUUCGCGGCGUCAUCUGGGUGGAGGAUGGCACCUACGAGAUCGAGCCCAUUCCCCAUGAUCCAGCCUUCCGGCACAUCCUCUACCGCAUGGAGGAGGCCAACAGCCCCGUGGGCCCCACCUGCGGGCUGAGCCCGGAGGAGCUGCAGCACCAAGAGGCUUUGCUGCCCUGGUUCAAGGCCCCCCAGGCGGAGGAGGAGGAGGAGGAGAUGCUGAAGGACUGGUGGACACACAUCAGGUAUGUGAAGAUGGUAGUGGUCGUGGACAACGUGUGGUUUGUGAAGUCGGGCAGGAACGAAUCUGAAGUUUUGAGGCAAGUCAUAGAAAUCGUCAACAUAGGGGACUCUCUGUACGAACAGCUUUCUGUUCGGCUCUUUCUUGUGGGGUUGGAGAUCUGGACCAAAAGCAACCUUAUAAACAUUACAAACUCUAUCGGCAAGGUACUUGAUGACUUCAACAGAUGGCGGAAGUCUGACCUGUCUCCACGGAUGCGCCAUGAUAUCGCUCACUUAUUUGCAUUUCAGAGCUUUGGAAGAAGCCUGGGAUUGGCGUUUCUAGGGUCCAUAUGUGAUAACCAGUGGUCAUCAGCUGUUGCUUCCUUUACUGACAGGAAGUUGUCUUCAUUUAUUACCACGUUUGUCCACGAGCUGGGCCACGCUCUUGGGAUGCGCCAUGACCGACAUGGCUGUAAAUGCAGACGAAAGAAAUGCAUUAUGUACGAAAGCGAUGCUGACACCGAUGCGUUCAGUGACUGCAGUUACAAAGACUACUUUGACCUGCUUGGGCGUGGCGCCAGCUGCAUUCGUCAACCACCAGCACCCGGCACUUUCUACACCAUGAGGCGUGAGUACUGUGGGAAUAAGAUGGUAGAAAGCAGAGAGCAAUGUGACUGUGGUUCAGCAUCAAACUGCAGAAAGGAUCCUUGUUGUCACCCAAACUGUACGUUUACUGCAGGUUCAGUCUGUGCUUCUGGAAAAUGCUGCAAGAGCUGUCGGGUCCUUCCAGCAGGAACGCUCUGCAGAGCGAGUACUGGUGACUGUGACCUGCCAGAGUAUUGCAACGGGACUUCCCCUCGGUGCCCGCCGGACGUGUACAUACAAGAUGGAACCCCCUGCAAAGAUGGUGCUUAUUGCUAUCGAGGAAAAUGUGCUUCCCAUAGUAAACAGUGCCAGCAUCUCUUUGGCAAACAAGCUAGGCCUGCUCCUUUAGAUUGCUUCAAAGCAGUGAAUACUCGAGGUGACCGGUUUGGGAAUUGUGGUAUUCAUAACAAUAUCCAUUUUACGAAAUGCAGUAUUGAGAAUAUCCUAUGUGGUAGGAUCCAGUGUGAAAACAUCGACAAAUUGCCUUUCUUGCAGAACCAUGUAACGCUAGUCCAAACCCCUGUUGGUGAUAAAAAGUGUUGGGGUCUCGACUAUCAUGUAGGGAUGCCAAUAGCUGAUGUGGGAGCUGUGGAAGAUGGCACACCAUGAGGUAGUGAUAUGCUUUGUAUCAACAGGACAUGUACCAGCAUAUCACGGCUGCACUACGACUGUAACGUGACAAAGUGUCAUGACAGAGGAGUGUGUAACAAUUGUAAGAACUGUCACUGCAGAUAUGGCUGGGCUCCUCCGUAUUGUGAAUGGAAAGGAUUUGGAGGCAGCAUUGACAGUGGACCCCCUCCAGCCAGGGAGAUUUUUCAGAGAGCAAAAAUAGAAGCAACACUCCUUAGUCGUCUUUUUCUUUGUAUCCUUGGAGUAACCAUUACCAUUGAUCUGAAAAGCCAUGACUGUUAA